AUGGCCCUCUGGCUGACCUUGGUCGUGGUCCUCACCUGCUUCGGCGGCCUCGCCUCCCCGGGCCCCGUGCCCACCUCAACGGUCCUCAGGGAGCUCAUCGAGGAGCUGGACAACAUCACCCAGAAGGCCCCGCUCUGCAACGGCAGCAUGGUGUGGAGUGUCAACCUGACAGCCGGCCGGGCCGCCUCCCUCCGCCCGCUGUACUGCGCCGCCCUCGAGUCGCUGGUGAACGUGUCCGACUGCCGCGCCAUCCAGAGGACCCAGAGGCUGCUGAGAGCAUUCUGCCCCGACAAGCCCUCAGCCGCGGGGUCCAGCCAGCUGGUCCGGGACACCAAGGUGGAGGUGAUCCGCUUCGCCAAGGACCUGCUCCAGCAGCUGCGGAAGGCCGUGCGCAACGGGAUGCUCCCCUGA